AUGGCCAAUGGGAGGCGGUGUCGGCGCCGGCCGGCGGCUAAACCCCGCCUCCGCACUGCCUGGGAGGGGUCGCGCGGGCGGAGAGCGGGAGGCGGGGCUCAAGGCGUGUCGGCCAAUAGGAGGGUGGGAGUAAAGGAUGGAUUUUAAGGCGGGGGAGGCUCCUGGAGACAUGCGCUUGGGUUGGAAGGUGGGGUGAAUGCCGGGUCGGCGAGUGCACCUUAUUCUGCACCCUUGUGCUCGCCUCCGGAACUGCACGUGGCACCCCCACCCCCGCCUCCCACGCAGACGAUUGCGUGGCCGCCAGGGCUCCCCCGACGGACUAGACUAAUGGUUCGCUCCGCCCCGCCCACACAGGGGCCGCCCACUGACUUGUGCGUUUCUGGCCUGCUCCUUCAGACCAGCUACACACGAAGGGGGCUUGGCCUACACCCUCGGAAUCUCUGAAGGGUAGGGGGAGUUGUCUUCAGUUCUGACCCCGCGCUCACACCCUGA